CAAUUUACCGUUAGCCCGUCAGUUAAGGCAGUGAUCGGCCUAUUAGUACUAAUCGAAAACUAACGGAAAAGGACUAAAAAUAUUUAAAACAAGAGGGACCAAAUGUGGAAUAAUAUCAAACUUGAGGGAUGAAAACUAUAUUUUUCAAAAAAUUUCAGAGUAAUGAUGCGUCAAAGUUUAGGGGCAAUCGACCCGUUCUAAACAAACCCAAUAAUUAUGGGUUCUAAAAGGAGCAUGAGACACGUGGUAGAAUCUUGACCAUAUAAGUCCCAAAAUAAUUGUGCAUCAUCCGAAAAUGAACGGUUGGCCUAGCUUCUUGGAAGAACAUGCACUCUAUAUAAUGAACAAAAUCACACACCAAAAAUCAAAGCAAAAUAAAAUAAAUAAUUAUAUAUUUAAAUAAUUCCCUUGGAAAGUGAUCAAACGUGGUUCAAAAGAAUGGCGAUAAACAUUCAGACCGCGGUUGAUCACUGGUUAAGGUUACUCGUGUGUUUAGUUAUUUCAAUGACUAUUCAUGCAAGUGCUAACCUUAACAAUGUCAACAUCACAAUCCUUCAAAGUGCUGUAGCAAAAGGAGCAGUUUGUUUGGAUGGGAGUCCACCAGCUUAUUAUCAUGCUAAAGGAUUUGGAGAAGGCGCCAAUAAUUGGUUUCUCGAACUUCAGGGGGGUGGGUGGUGUAAUACAGAGGAAAAGUGUCUCUAUAGAACAACACAGAGCACUGGGAGCUCCAAAUAUAAAGAGAAGAACAUUACUUUCGGACAAAUCGAUAGCCAAAAUCAAACCGAAAAUCCAGAUUUCUAUAACUGGAACCGAGUUUAUAUUGGAUACUGCGAUUGUUCUUCGUAUUUGGGAAACCUUGAAUCGAAUACCAACAUUACUCGUAGGGGUGCAAGAAUUUUCGAUGCGAUCAUAGAAGAUCUUUUAGCAAAAGGAAUGUCGAACGCCGAAAAUGCCAUACUUGCUGGGGACUCGGCCGGGGGAUUGGGAGCAAUAUUACAUUGCGACCGCUUCAGUCAAGAAGUUCUACCUAAUGCUAAGAGAGUAAAAUGCCUUACCGAUUCCGGGUUUUUCAUCCACGCAAAACAUCUUCCUGGAGCCGACAAGAGAGCUGAAUAUUUCGCCAACGUAACUGCAUAUCAUGGAAUACACGCCGAUUCUUUGCCUUCGUCGUGCACGUCAAGAAUGAACGCGAGCUUGUGCCUUUUCCCCGAAAAUAUUAUCGGAGAUAUGAAGACACCCCUCUUUUUAGUCGAAUCAGCUUUCGAUGAAUAUCAGUUAACGCACAACUUCUUUUCAAACGAGUCCACCUGGACAAAUUGCACUAGUAAUUUAGAAGUAUGCACGCCUUCUCAACUACAAACCAUGAAAGAUUACGGCAUCGCCUCUAGACAAACAUUGCAAGAAAUAAGCGAUACUACAUCCGUAGGAAUGUUUGUUCACUCUUGCUACCGUCACGGUCACUUCUACGAACACGCAGGUUGGGACCAGUCUACUUUAUUGGCGGGCAAGACAAUUGCGCAAGCAAUUGGUGAUUGGUUCUACGAUCGAAGCUUUUUCCAAGAAAUAGAUUAUGAUAAUGAGCUGCCGCUUUUCCGCAACUGCUCCAAGUUCACUUCAUGUUCACAUGAAACGAACUUAUACGCGUAAAUGCACUUGUAAUUCCAAAGAUAUUAUUCGUUAUUAUAUCUAAUUAAAAUCUGAAAAAUCGGCAAUAUACAUUAUAUAAUUGGCGGCUUUUCAUAUUUUGGUUUUUACAUUAUUGGUUAUUUACGAGUAUAUCGUGUGUAAGCUUGUAUCAUCUUUAUACAACGUGUUAACAUAUUUAUUGAGCAAUUUCUACAACUUCUUUUUACCCAUUCUUUGUGAUCGAUUGUUAUUGGUCCUUUUAUUGUUCGAAUUAAAUAAUUAAUUGUCAA